CUUCCCUUCCCAAGCGCACAUUCCUCUGCCCCAGUCCCGCUCCCGCCGCCUCCACUGCCAGCGGAGGCCCUGGUCUCCCGUUCCAACUAUUCCAACCAUCCUAGGAAGGGUGGGGCGCUCGGCUCUUGGGUCCCCCUGGGCUGCCCCUCCUUCUCCAGCAUCGGUCUCCCCUUCUGCCCCGGUCCCUCCCUUUCUGGGGUCGGGCCAGCCAAUGGGCGACGAGACUCCUGGGUUUGGCCUGGGAUUCGGGGAACUCACCGAUCCCCCGCCCCAGAGUUCUGGCCACCAUCCCGGUGCGCACGGACGUGGCUCGAGUUUCCUCCGCGCUCUCUCUCGCUCUUCCUCUUCUCCGGGUCUCCCGCUCCCGCUUCAGCUCCACCCGGCCGGCCCCGCACGGCUCCGGGCAGCCAUGGAGGACACCCAGCUCCACAUCAUCGAGCAGCCGCUUUCCGGGUACCCCGACGCCGGGGACCAGGGGUCCUCCACCGUGGGGGCUCCGGCGGCCGAGGAGCCGUCGGGGGCCGGCUCUGAGGAGCUGAUCAAAUCAGACCAGGUGAACGGCGUGCUGGUACUGAGCCUUCUGGACAAAAUCAUCGGCGCCGUCGACCAGAUCCAACUGACCCAAGCCCAGCUGGAGGAGCGGCAGGCGGAGAUGGAGGGAGCCGUGCAGAGCAUCCAAGGUGAGCUGAGCAAGCUGGGCAAGGCGCACGCCACCACGAGCAACACCGUGAGCAAGUUGCUGGAGAAGGUGCGCAAGGUCAGCGUCAACGUGAAGACCGUGCGCGGCAGCCUGGAGCGCCAGGCCGGCCAGAUCAAGAAGCUGGAGGUCAACGAGGCCGAGCUGCUGCGGCGCCGCAACUUUAAAGUCAUGAUCUACCAGGAUGAAGUGAAACUGCCGGCCAAAGUGAGCAUAGGCAAGUCGCUGAAAGAGUCGGAGACGCUGCCCGAGAAGGAGGGCGACGAGCUGGCCGAGGGCGAGCGGCCGGAGGAGGACGCGGCGGCGCUCGAGCUGUCGUCGGACGAGGCGGUGGAGGUGGAGGAAGUCAUCGAGGAGUCGCGCGCCGAGCGCAUCAAGCGCAGCGGCCUGCGGCGCGUGGACGACUUCAAGAAGGCCUUCUCCAAGGAGAAGAUGGAGAAGACCAAAGUGCGCACGCGUGAAAACCUGGAGCGGACCCGCCUCAAGACAAAGGAGAACCUGGAGAAGACGCGGCACACCCUGGAGAAGCGCAUGAACAAGCUGGGCACACGCCUGGUCCCCGCCGAGCGCCGCGAGAAGCUCAAGACCUCUCGAGACAAGCUGCGUAAGUCCUUCACGCCCGACCACGUGGUCUACGCGCGCUCCAAGACCGCGGUCUACAAGGUGCCGCCCUUCACGUUCCACGUCAAGAAGAUCCGCGAGGGCCAGGUGGAGGUGCUGAAGGCCACGGAGAUGGUGGAGGUGGGCGCCGAGGAGGAGGAGGGCGGCGCGGAGCGCGGCGAGGCGGCAGAUCUGCUGCGCGGGAGCAGCCCCGACGUGCACACGCUGCUGGAGAUCACGGAGGAGUCGGACGCCGUGCUGGUGGACAAGAGCGACAGCGACUGAGCCGGGCGCGGGGCUGUGCCCGGAAGGCCGCGCCGCCCCGCCUCUCCCCGCCCCCGCCCCGAUUCCUUUCCCUCCACGAACUUUCUCUUUCGCAUUCUCUCUCUCUCUCCCUCGCUCUCUCUCUCCGCCCCAAACGGGCUGAGAUGUUUCUAAAUUGAGAACACCUCCCCACAACGAGCACCCCCUCCAAGUCUUACAGCUAUUAAGACGAGGGGGAGGCAGCCUGCACCAUGGACGGCCCCACUAUAGGCAUAGGCUGGGUGGAAAUGCAGAGGUCGGUGAUUCGUAUCCUGGGGAUCCAAGUCGGGAAUCCUAGAGGAAAUUGCUGUCGUUUCCGUGAUUAGGCCCAGGCUUGGGGCAGGCUGCCUUCUCCCCGCCCCCUACCCCUACACACAUUUACCCGGCUGCUGUCAUUCCUGUUCACUGAGCUCUUCUUUCUCAUUCUGAUCUCUGGCGGCUUCAAAGCCAAAAUUACCAUGAAAGGGAAGAGUGCAUCCUGAAGAGGCCCUUUGCCCACACGGGAGACCGCAUACUGGAAGGAUUUGAAAGCAGCUUUUGGGAGUAUCUAGGGCCGUGCUGGAGAGAGGGCAGAGUAAGCCAUGACCCUACAUGAGGGUCUAGCACAGGCUGUGUCUGCAAAAGGUCCCAGUAAGGAAGGCUGGAUCUAGGCAGAGUGCUGGGGGAGGGAGGGAGGGCACUUCAUGUUUAUGCAUCUGCACGCAGGAGCACGUGGCUAUGGCUCUGAAGGAAAACGGAAAAUAGAAGGUGCAAAUGGGCGAAAAGAGAAUGCUCAUUAGUAGCAGGAGAAACACAGGACAAGGAUCCCAUCUUAUUGGGGUUCACAGAGGACAGCAGGCAGGACAAUUUUUCAGAACUAGUAGGGAGGGCAGUGUGAGAAAUCUAUCAUCCAAGAAGAGAGCGGUAAACUUUAUCCCUUACCUCUACUGGUUAUGGUGCCCCCAUGGGCAACCCAUUUCUCAUAGCCCAGAAAAUUAGGGUCCCAGAAGAGGGCAGUACCAGGCUCCAGAGAGCUGGUAUUAUAGUUAGGAGGGAGGCUGAUGGGAAAGAGACCAGAUGCUAAAGGCCAGGCCACCAAAUUGAGAGCAGGAGGGGAGGAGAGGAGAGUAAGGAAUUCCUGUGUGUAAGGCAGCCCAGCCUUGGCUCACUCCUGGCAGUUUCUUCUCAAGAUCCUUCCCUAGAGCUAGUAUCAUAAAGCUGUAGAACAUGCUAAGACCUCCUUAGCCUUGUGGGUUCCUCUCCUGAAUCUUUGGGGUGAGGGGUGCUGCUUCCAGUUCAAAGGCCUGACUUCUGAUCAGGUUCUUCUCAGGACACUUCAGUCUCUCUGUUCUUCCCCCAUAAAGGGGACUUGUCAGAAGCAAGGACACCCCCCUCACCCCCAACUCACAGCCCACAGAGGAGAGCUGAAGGCUCCCUCCUCCCCUCACAUCCUCUGCCUUAUCUUCCCUGCUCUGCAUUUUAGAAAAUUGCAGCUAAUUGUUUUAAGGGGUGGCGGGAGGGAAUCUGGGGACACACCUUUUAUACAACACAAAGCUUUGCUUCCCCCCGCUCCCCAACCCUUGGUUCCCUUCUCUCUUCCAAAUGGUUGGAGACACAUCAGCUGAAGUAGGAUGGGGAUUGUGGGACGAGGUUCCUUGGUGCUGAUGGGCUGAAGGGGCCUGAGUUGUGGGCAGAUACAGUUCCCUGUGGGCUCUGGGGAGCCUCUCAUGUUGCUGUGUCCUGGUGAGCAGCCCGACCAAUAAACCUGCUUUUCUAAAAGGA